CAGAGAUUAAAUCUACUUUAAAAAAACAGGCAUACGAUGUGACUUGGUUCCUUACCAAUGUACAUGCUACAUUUCAUCACAUAAUAUGGAAUCACGCGACAAAGCUUUUGAGUGGCGAUUUAUAAGUAACGUUUUAUCACACAAUAUGGAACCCAACAUCAAAACCCUAACCCCUCUUUUGUUGAUCCUCUGCUCCGAUUGAAGUGUUUCUCUGACACGUUGCGGAGAUGAGGUUGGAGAAAUGCUGGUUCUGUUCUUCUACUAUAUACCCGGGCCAUGGGAUUCAAUUUGUUCGUAAUGAUGCAAAAAUCUUUCGAUUUUGUCGAUCCAAAUGCCACAAAAACUUCAAGAUGAAGAGAAAUCCACGCAAAGUAAAAUGGACCAAGGCUUACAGAAGAUUGCAUGGAAAGGACAUGACUCAGGAUGCAACAUUCGAGUUUGAGAGGAAGAGAAAUAGGCCUGAAAGAUAUGACAGAAAUGUCACAGAGGACACUCUAAAGGCCAUUAAGAAGAUUGAUAAAGUCAGAAUUGAUAGGGAGGCCAGACACCAUGCUAAGAGGAUGAAAGGAAAGAAGAGCCAAUUGUCGAGAGAGGCACUAAAUGAACUGAGCCAGGGCAUUAGCUUGGUCAAAGCUCCUUUUGCUCUACAAAAGGAUCCCUCACUCACCUUGCCCAAGACCAAGGUCAAGGUUGCCCAACAGCAUUCGGAAGACAACCGUAUGGAGGAAUAAAUGAAUUGCUUCCGUUUUUUAUGUGAGAGUUUAGCGGCUUGUAGUAUAUACUCCAGAAUCAAUGCGUUAUUUGUUUUCGAUAAGAUGAAAGAAGGAUUUACACUGUUUUGUCUCAACAGAUUGUGGGGUAAGGUUUCUGAUUAUGGUGUGGUUUUUAUGUUCUUUACUGUGAAAUUGUUACUUUCUGAAGUUUAUUUUGAUGGAUUAUGAGAUUGAAAGUCUAAAGGAAAUUUGCAGGUAUUGAGUUUUAUAUUCAUCAAAUUGUAUUCAUCUGUCUUGCAUAGGUAAGUUGUAUUUUGCAUUGGCUGAGGUGAAGUUCAGAAAGCUCAAAUAAUGGAAUUUGGUGCUUAUGGUUUUGUAGUUAUCAAAUUAUUAUGUUGUUCAGAUUAAAUAAUUGGUUGAAUGAAAUUUCUGUAUUGUUUUGUAUUGGUCAUGAAA